GUUUUCUUCUCGUCUGUGUCCCCGGCUAGACCGGUGCCGGGUCCCCGCAAAAGCGACGGUGGCCACGCCAUGGCGGAGUUGACGGCUCUGGAGAGUCUUAUAGAAAUGGGCUUCCCCAGGGGACGCGCGGAGAAGGCUCUGGCCCUCACAGGGAACCAGGGCAUCGAGGCUGCAAUGGACUGGUUGAUGGAGCACGAAGACGACCCCGAUGUGGACGAGCCUCUAGACACCCCCAUUGGACAUAUCCUGGGACGGGAACCCACCUUCUCAGAGCAAGGUGGACCUGAAGGACCUGGGUCUGCUGCUGGAGAAGGCAAACCCAUUUUGAGUGAAGAGAAAAGACAAGAACAGACCAAGAGGAUGUUGGAGCUGGUGGCCCAGAAGCAGCGAGAGCGGGAGGAAAGAGAGGCACGAGAGGCAUUGGAACGGGAGCGGCAGCGCAGGAAACAGGGGCAAGAGUUGUCAGCUGCACGACAGCGGCUACAGGAAGAUGAGAUGCGCAGGGCUGCUGAGGAACGGAGGAGGGAAAAGGCUGAAGAGUUAGCAGCCAGACAGAGGGUUAGAGAAAAGAUCGAAAGGGACAAGGCAGAGAGAGCCAAGAAGUAUGGUGGUAGUGUGGGUUCUCAGCCAUCUCCACCAGCAUCAGAGCCAGGUCCUGUUCCCUCCUCUCCCAGCCAGGAGCCUCCCACCAAGAGGGAGUAUGACCAGUGUCGCAUACAGGUCAGGCUGCCAGAUGGGACUUCAUUGACCCAGACCUUCAGGGCCCGGGAACAGCUGGCAGCUGUAAGGCUUUAUGUGGAGCUCCACCGUGGGGAAGAACCUGGAGGAGGCCAAGACCCUGUGCAGUUGCUUAGCGGCUUCCCCAGACGGGCCUUCUCAGAGGCUGAUAUGGAACGGCCUCUGCAGGAACUGGGACUCGUGCCUUCUGCAGUCCUCAUUGUGGCCAAGAAAUGUCCCAGCUGAGGGGCCUUUUGUCUUAACCAACACUCUGUGACCUCUUCAUCUUUGAUAAAGCACUGACAUCUCCUUCCUAAUAAAUAGAAUCUUUGAAUUCUA